AUGACAGCUGGGGAACCCGUUUUCGUGCUUCGCACGGAUCCGGAAGGGCUCGGCGAUGCAGCAGAGGGAUUCACAGGGAGGGAUGGGGGCACUCCGCGCGUCGGCAUUAGCAGCAACCGCGCGAAGCACGCGAAGCAGUUAUCUCGCCAGCAGUCUCCCUCCCGUUCCCGUAGUCCGCGCAAUCUUCCGUUAAGGCGCCUCGCUUCCACAGGAUCAGCCGCCGGCGCUUCUAUGUCCGCGUCGCCUUCUCUCGCCCACUCUACCACGAUAACUAUCGGCCCGCCUUCCCCCGCUGCCUCCUCCGCCUCCCCAUCCCGGGGGAAGAAUUUCCCUCGCGCCACUCUCGGGGGAGGGCUAGGGGGACGUAACUCCCCCUCCGCCGGCCGCCGACCGUUCUCCGCGACCGCGGCGCCUGGAAGCUCGCCGAAACCGCCGCUGUCGCCGUCUGCGGCGGCAUCGGGUGGUAAUCCGCAGGGAGAGUGGGAGCUGAUGUGGCGAGAUGCCGUGACGCGCACGGAAGCGACCGCGCGGGGAUUAGUGGGUCCGCUGCAGCGGGGGGCGGAGGAGGCUCCCGCGCGGAUCCAACGCGGAGUGAUGGACGGCGCAGUGGCGAUCGGCGGAGUUGCGAAUGCGGUGAAGGCGACGGCGAAGGCGGCGUUCGGGUUAUUGGACCGGCUGGACGGCGAUCGCCUGCACUGCCCGCGCUGCAAGGGGUCGGGGCUGCUCUCGCCGUCGCAGGCCUGGUCGCGCCUGCUGCGCCCUGCGCCCUCCGCCACCAACGAGCCCUGCUGGUUCUGUCAAGGCAUAGGCGUGAUGCCCAUCUUCGACCUCUCAGGCUUCCUCGUCGCCCGCUGCCCGCCGCUCGUCUCCUCCCGCCACGCCUCCUCCGCCACGCUCCGCUUCUCCUCCUUCCAGCUCUUUCUCGGAAAGUUCCCCGGCACGCGCACGCGCCUCGUCACCUCGCGCCUGCCCCGCAUGCUGCGCCACGCCAUAUUCGCCCCGGCUCUCGGCCCCUUCUGCAAUGCCUCCCAGGAUGAGGCUGUUCGCGCUUUCUGCUCCCGGGGAGACCCCUCCACCCCCUCCUCUUCGUCUUCCUCCUCUUCCGCCUCCCAUGUCUCGGAAUCCCCUGCUUCAAGGACGGCCGCAACAGCAGCGGCGGCAGCGGCAGCUGCGGCUGCAGGUUCUUCUGCUGCUCCUGGCAGCGCUCUAUCGCCCUUUAGCUUUGGCCAGUCGUCUCAGGAGUCUCAGGACAAGUCCCCUAAGUCUAGUCCCAGGCGCAGGGCGUUGAGUAGCAGCACUGCAGGGGCGGGAGGGGCGGGAGAUGGCAGUGGGUUAGACGAGGAGGCUGCAGGAGUGGCGGGUGAGUAUUGGGCGGCAGGGGGCGGGGGCGAGAUUGGGCAGCAGAGUCCACGAUCGCGGUCGCCUCGGAGGGAGAGGAACAAAGUGCGGGAGAAGGCGGAGCGGCAGGCGGUGGAGAGGGCGAGGGUGAUGCAGCGGAGCAGCAGUGGGAGGGGCAGCAGCGCCGGCAUUGGCGAGGCAGCAGAGGCUCUAGAAGGAGACUCGCAAGGCGGAGCAAACGACCUGUGGUGGAUUGUGGGUGCGCGCAUCCGUGCUGCAGGCUCCUCCUUUGCUCCAUCCAUGGACUUCCCCUCCUCCCACUCCACCAGCUUCAGCCUCAUUCCCUCCACCCCGAGAGCCACGCAGGCAGGCAACACCGACAGCAAGAAGCCGUCAGAGUGA